CUUAGUGAAUCGUUACUCAUCUCUUUGCCAACUUGAUCUCAAAACGAUAUGUUGAAGCUAUUGAUUUUGUCAGUUUUGGGGCUUGAAAUAUCUGCCUUGGUUUGUGAUCCAGGAUGGGUGCAAUCGUUUGACCGAUGUGAUCCAGGUCUAGCAUUCUUGGUUGGAGGAUCUCAUUUUGCUUUGGAUAAAAGGCUUGGCUUUUCCAACACCUCCGAAAUAUUUGCGCUAUCAAAAACCCUGGCAGAUUACCCUAGACUCAUUGACGCACCCAUCAUGACUUGGAAGGAUGACCACGUUCUAGUUUGCGGGGGUCGGAACCAAGGGGAAGAUGAUCCAGUAUUAAACGAAUGUUGGGAUUACUGGCCCUGUUCCAAUGAGUGGAAAGUCAGUAGCACCCCUCCACUGUUGACCACCAGAGUUGGAGCAUCCUUUGUCACGGUCUCCAUCCAAGGAAAACGAUACCUAUGGGUUUUGGGAGGAUCGGAAUCGGAUGAGAGCCAAAGUUUAGUUACCACUGAACUGCUGGAUUUUAGCACCAACCAAUGGUUGCCAGGACCCAAUCUAGCCUAUGGACGAUUCAGUUCUUGUGCCUUAGACUUGGGCGAAGGGUCCGUGAUGAUGGUUGGCGGUUUUCCAACUUACACGAAUACGGAAAUGAUCCAUUUGGAAGAUGGUAGUUAUUUAUCUCAGAACGAGAGUUUGAACGAAUUUCGUUGGGGACAUGGGUGUGCGAAUCUCCCAGAUGGUAGGCAACUGGCGCUUGGAGGAUUGGAUGAAAACUUCCUUUCCAAGUUGUCCACCGAAAUAUACGACGGAACCAAGUGGUUGAUGGGUCCAAGCCUUCCUUCGUCUAGGUCAGGCAUGACUGUUCUGAAUUUGGAUGGAAGACCAACUCUUUUUGGUGGGGUUCAACUGUCCGUCAUUUGGCACACCGAAGUCCUUGCAUUGGAUCUAGAUCAGGGUGAAUGGGUGGAGCUCCCAGAAAAAUUAUUGGAAGCCCACACCUCCGGAGCUGGAACUCUUGUGCCCAAUUCAAUUUUUGAUUCUUGCCCAUGAUGUGUCUAUUCAUUUACCAGAGAUGUUUUAAAAGGGUAUGUAAGUUUUCCAUUCGUCGGAGAGUGAAAAAUUGAGACUGGAUACAAAAUUCAAGAAUUUUAGUAAUAUAACUUCUUUUCGUCGAGAAAUAUGUGAACAGAUAAAUAAAAAUUUCACGAUGUU